GGGCGUGUGCGUCGCCGGGGCCCACAAGCUGGGACACACCCUCCCGCAGCCCGCCCAGUCCGGGCGGGGCGGCGCGGAGCAGGCUGCGCCCUCGACCGUGGGGCUGGGAGCCGCGGGCGCCGACUGGGCCGCCGCGCGGGAGGAUGCGCCGCUGACGCCGAGGGCUCCCCGCGCCGGGCAGGAGGAUGCUCUCGAGGUGCCUCUCGCUGGGGCGGCAGCUGCUGAACCCCGGAGUCCCGGGCCGAGCGCGAACGAGGCCAUUGCCACCGACGACCCAGGUUUUUUGUGUGAAGCUGCAUGAAAAUCUGAACUACUCCCCACGGCACCUUUAUAGCACAGUGGAGCCACCCGAUGACAUUACAGUUAAUUAUAGACACGGUCUUCCCUUGAUAACACUGACUUUGCCAUCCAGGAAAGAGCGCUGUCAAUUUGUAGUCAGACCAAUGUUGUCAACAGUUGGUUCGUUCCUUCAGGACAUACAAGAUGAAGACAAAGGUGUCAAAACUGCAGCCAUCUUCACAACAGAUGGCAGUGAGAUUCCAGCCUCAACUUUAAUGGAUGUUUUGCUAAUGAAAGAUUUUAAACUUGUCAUUAAUGAAAUAGAAUAUGAUGUUCAGUGUCCCCAGAAAGAAAAACCAAGCAACGUGCACAUGCCUGAGAUGGAAAGUGUGAAAUCCUUGGUUCACGGACUGUUCACAGUCCUGCAUCUGGAAGAGUCUCAGAAGAAAAGAGAGCAGCACUUGCUGGAGAAAAUUGACCACCUGAAGGAACAGCUGCAGCCCCUCGAGCAGGUGAGAGCUAGAAUCGAAGCUCGGUCUGAGGCCAAAACCAGCGGACUCCUGUGGGCUGGAUUAGCUCUGCUGUCAGUUCAGGGUGGGGCAAUGGCCUGGCUCACCUGGUGGGUGUACUCCUGGGAUAUCAUGGAACCAGUCACGUACUUCCUCACAUUUACAAAUUCCAUGAUCUUUUUUGCAUACUUCAUAGUAACUCGACAGAAUUAUACUUACACAUCAGUUAGAAGUAGGCAGUUUCUUCAGUUCUUCCACAAGAAAUCACAGCAACAGCAUUUUGAUGUGGAACAAUACAACAAGUUAAAAGACGACCUUGCUAUGGCUAAAGAAUCCCUGGAACGUGUGCGCCAUUCCCUCUACCUGAGGAUGCAAGUAGAGGAACUCAGUGAAAAGAAUUAGGCUCACAUUUUUAAACAUCAUUGGAUUUUUCCAUUAUGUACUGAUUUUGUAAUUUCCAAACUGGAAUUUUGUGUUUCAUAGUUCAUUUCAAUUUUACUGUCUCAAAUCUUUUUUAGUUAAUAAAUUCAUGUAAAACAGAAGUAUUUAUAGACGUUCUCACU